ACAAUGACCAGCAUGCCCCACAAUUCUUGCCCCCUUCCCUUUCAGCCUCCGGCGCGGGGGAGGCUCCGCAGACCUGCUGACCGGGAACCGCUAUGGCAGCGACUCUGGGCAGCGGGGAGCGCUGGACAGAAGCGUACAUUGAUGCAAUUAGAAGAAAUAAAUACUCAGAAGACAGAUCUUCUGAAAAUCAUGACCCCUGUGGUUGCUGUAACUGCAUGAAGGCACCAAAGGAAAAGAAAUCUGAGAAUGAGUGGAGUCAAACCCGGCAGGGGGAGGGUACAGCCACUUACACAGAGGAGCAGCUGCUCGGCGUACAAAGGAUCAAGAAAUGCAGAAAUUACUACGAAAUUCUGGGAGUGUCACGGAAUGCCAGUGAUGAAGAGCUUAAGAAAGCUUACCGCAAACUCGCCCUGAAGUUCCACCCCGACAAGAACUGUGCUCCUGGAGCAACAGAUGCUUUCAAAGCGAUAGGAAAUGCCUUUGCUGUCCUGAGCAAUCCUGACAAGAGAAUGCGCUAUGAUGAGUACGGCGACGAGCAGGUGACUUUCACAGCCCCUCGAGCCAGACCGCAGAAUUAUUACAGGGACUUCGAGGCUGACAUCACCCCAGAAGAGCUGUUCAACGUAUUUUUUGGAGGACAUUUUCCUACAGGAAAUAUUCAUAUGUUUUCAAAUGUGACAGAUGACACCCACUAUUACCACCGGCGGCACCGACAUGAUAAGAUGCCGACCCGGAAGGAAGAGGAAGAAGAUAAACCUCAGACUACAUAUUCUGCAUUUAUUCAGUUACUUCCAAUUCUGGUGAUUGUUAUUAUAUCUGUCAUUACUCAGCUGCUGGCUGCUAAUCCCCCGUAUAGUCUGUUCUAUAAAUCGAGCUUGGGCUACACCGUUUCUAGAGAAACCCAGAACCUGCAGGUGCCUUACUUUGUGGAUAAAAACUUUGACAAGACCUACCGAGGAUCGGCUCUGCAUGACCUGGAGAAAGCCAUAGAGAAGGAUUACAUUGAUUACAUCCAGACGAGCUGUUGGAAGGAGAAACAGCAAAAGUCGGAGCUGACAAAUUUGGCAGGCUUGUACAGAGAUGAACGGCUGAAACAGAAAGCAGAUUCGCUGAAACUGGAAAACUGUGAUAAACUUUCCAAAAUCAUUGGCCUCCUCAGAGGUGGCUGAGAGGAUGAGAGAGUCCUACAACAGGGUUGGGGUUUUUUUUGCUACUCGUUACUAUUUAUGUUCCUAACUCCAUUUUAUAAUACAAAAUUAGGACAUGUGGCGAACAUCUUACAAUGUGCUAACUGUGGUGGGCAGAGUUGACAGCGCUUGAGCAUGGAGUCAGAUUUGUCAUCACCAAUCCUUCCUGGGGGCUGGUGCCAGGGCCCAGGAACAGCCCAUCCGAAUUAAAUUGGUGACAAAGUGACAGAUCAGUGCCCCUGCUCCAGGCCUUUCUGCUCCCGGAAUAUCCCCGAUAGACCUGUUUCUUCCUCCUGCUUUAGUUAAGUCCCAGUAUUCUGUUAGUCCUUGACUUAGCCAAAGCAGUAUGACCUUAGUUGUUUACAGUGAAACCAUGAAUUUCACCUCUCCCCUCAUCACCAUCAUCCCGCUCCUUGGGAAUUCAGUCUUUGGAACGUGUUCCGACUUUAGCUUUCCAUUUUCUAAGGAAGUGGAAAUGUAUUUUGGAAAAAAAAAAAAGUAAAUUAUCAUUGUCAGUAAUUUUCUAUAUGCCUAAUAGCUACUUAGAGUUCCUAGCAUUAGGAAUCUGCCAGGUUUGAUGUCCUUGCCCGCCCCGUCUUGUCGAGGGUCCAGAAAUGAAGCGUCCUGGAGUAAAAACAGCUCAGUGGCCCCCUUGGCAGCAGGAAGCAGGGGCAGAGGUUAGUGGUGGAGGUAAGUGCAGUCACUGAGUCUCAGCUGCUUGGUGGUUCUCUGCUCCAUCAUGGAACCCAGAAAAUUGUCUUCUUGCAGGAUGCCCUAUACCCCACCCUGUGAGUGCAGUGGUUAGACCAAAGAGGAACUGUGUUGACCAGUUUGGUUGUUGCUCUAGCCUAGGGGAGGCAGAUGGUGAGGAAAGAGCCUCUUUCCAUGGUUCUGAGCAUCUGGGGGGUCCCAGAGUUGUUUUAUUUGAUCCGGUGCCCUGUAGUUUGUGUUAUGAGACGCUUUUUUUGUGUAUCCAAUAUAUUCUUGAGUGCCUAGUAUGAAACGGGAUUGCACCUAUAUUUUUUCUUACUUUAGCCUCCUCCCAAUUCUGUGAAGUAGACAUGUUAGUCUCCUUGUUUUUCUGAAUGAGGACAGUGGCCCAGAGAGGAGGAGCGACUGACCUGGGCCACAAGCCUAGCUGUGGCAGAGCUAGGCUGAUGAUCAGAUACCGAGAUGAGAUCGCCCCAUUUCUCAGGUGAUUCUAGCCCAGUGGUUUGAGCAGAAUAUUAUGCAACGAUUUCCCUUUCUCCCUCCCACCCGGCCUGUGACCAUGUCACCCUCCUAUGGACGUACCCAUUCAGAAGCGCUAGUAAAACCCUCUCUAUACCAGUUCUCAGUAUGAAACAAGAGGCUCCUGAAAGGCAAGCAUCCCUUCUCACUGGAGACACGGAAGCAAGCUGUUGUCUAGGCUGAGUGGGCUGGAGGCAAGUGACCAGGGUUGAACUGUCCAGGUGGUCCAGAAUCUGUGAAAGGAUAGAGUCAGUCACUCUAAUCUGCCCUCUGUGUUUUCUUCAGGAUAGGAGAAAAGUUCUUGUUGGGAGGAGAGGCUACAUUAACACUAUCUGCCAGAGUAGAGUUUCUCCCUGCAGAUGCUAACCAUGUGUAGGCAGACAUGACUAGCAGGUUCUACAUACGGGCAUUUCACAAGGUCAGGCCAUGGAAGCGGAGGUAAGGAGUAUAGACUGGCACCUGGGGGAACAACUGCUCAACUGCUGGGAGGGUGAGCAGAGAUGGCCGGAUUUUGCUGGUUAAUUCUGAGUGAAUGAGGAGGGGUUUCACACUGCAAAAUGUGCCUGUGGGCCAAAUAGGUAUAUGGAAAGUUUUUUUCUACACACACAGAAAUUAAGGCUCUCAACCCAAUGUUGGCUAGAAAAUGGGCCAUAAUUACAUUGACUUGACAGGUUAAAAGACCCUCUCUAGCUGCCCGUGAAUAGCGUAGUCACACACUUUAUGGAUUUCAGGGCAGAGAUGAGUUAUUUGCAAUGAUAUAAAUAGAGGCAAUACUAACUCCAUUAAAUGUCAGGUCUAUCACCUGUUUUUAUAGCAGCGAUGGUACUGUUUUAUUUAUUACCUAAUAGAACACAACCCUUACAUCUGGGUUUCCUCAAGGGGAUGGUAUUUGCUUUAGGUUGAAGGGUAGUUUAAUCUGUUUGGUACUGUCAAGAAUAUUGUUAAACUAUCAUUUCCUGGGUUAUAUUUUAGAUGGGCUGUCUGCAUGGUGGUAAAAUAAGCAUCUUCCCUUUGCCUGCAUCCCUUGAAAGGCUUCCUGAUCAUAUAAACACUUUGAUAAGGCUUAUUCUUGCUGUCAGUACCUGGCGUGCAGGGCUGAGUUAUUCUAUGAACAGGAAAUGCAGGUUGUGGACACAUGAGGGGAGCAGGACUGGGAGAUGGGGCUUUCGAGACUCCGGCAGAAGCGGCUCUUAUUUAUUAGGCUGAGCCUAGUUGCGGCCUGCGAGGGAAAGAUGCAAAGCCUUCUCUUCACAAAGGACUCUGCAGCAUGACGAAAACUGUGUCCCCAGACUGGCAACCCUGGGCUUCCUCUGCUCACACCAGAACACUCGAACGUCCUUGAUCAGCCCCAGGCCUUGGGGUUUGGGAGGAGUGGUAAGAAAAUGUCAUUGCUAUGUUUUCUGCUGGAAUUUACACUAAACUCCAAAGCCCAGGGGAACAUGGGGUCUAGCAGCCUGGCCAUGUGUGUGUCCUCCUCAUUUCAACCUAACACUCAGGACUGGCUUCGGGAGGAGGUGCUGUUUGGAUUCCAGAAGCUUCCUAUUCCACCUGGCCAUACUUGCAAGUUCAUUGUCUCUGCAUGCACUGCUCCUCACAGGAGCUCGCACUUAAAAUUUAUUUUGGAUUCAUUUAAGAUGUAAGCUUACCGAUCUAUUUAUUUUUUAAAAGGGCCAAGCUACUUACUCUAUCUACAUCUUAUUUUUGUUGUUGUUGAGCCUGCAUUGUUGAUGCCUUGCACAGUGACCACCGAGUAAUUAUAUACCCACGUGUUAGCUAUUCACAACAUCAUUUGCAUCACACUCAGUAUUUGGAAUUAGAGAUGUGAGUGUUCUGUGGCCAGAGGCAGGUUUGACACAGAUGGAAUCAGCUCCAAGAUCUGGUCACCUGAUCUGCUGCAUCUGGAUUUGAGUGUAUUUGAACAGAGAGAAAAAUUAAACAAUUUUCUAUAU